AUGCCGCAGCCGUUGAGCUCCAAGGAGAACUCGCUGUUCCGCCAGCUGGUCAAGAACUAUGAGACCAAGCAGUACAAGAAGGGUAUCAAGGCUGCCGAGCAGAUCCUGAAGAAGACGCCCAACCAUGGCGACACCCAGGCCAUGAAGGCCCUGAUCCUCAAUUCGCAGGGCCAGACCGACGAGGCCUUUGCCCUGGCCAAGGUCGCCCUCAAGAACGACGUCAAAUCCCACAUCUGCUGGCACGUCUACGGCAUUCUGUACCGCUCCGCCAAAAACUACGACGAGGCCAUCAAGGCCUACAAAUUUGCUCUGCGCCUUGAGCCCGAGUCGCUGCAGAUCCAGCGGGACUUGGCCACGCUGCAAAUCCAAGUCCGCGACUAUCACGGAUACAUCGAGAGCCGCCGCACCAUGCUCAAGGCCCGCCCCCAAUUACGCCAGAACUGGACCGCCCUGGCCGUUGCCUUUCAUCUCGCUGGCCAGCUCUCCGAAGCCAUUGACAUCCUCGAGCGCUACGAGCAGACUCUCAAGACCCCACCUCCGCGCUCCGACAUUGAGCACUCCGAGGCUACUCUGUACAAAAACACCGUCAUUGCCGAGAAGGGGGACUUCGAGGCCGCCCUGAAGCACCUCGACUCCAUAUACAAGACCAAUGCUGAUAGAACUGCCGUCAUGGAGCUCCGUGCCCAGUACCUUUUGCAGCUGGACCGCAAGCCCGAGGCCGAGAAGGCGUAUCGCGAGCUUCUUGAGCGCAACGCCGAGUACCGUGCCUAUUACGACGGUCUCGAGAAGUCCCUUGGCCUCGAUCGCUCCAAUGCCGAGCACGUCGACAAGCUUCUUGAGCUGUACAAAUCCUACGCAGACAAGAACCCGAGAUAUGAUGCUCCUCACAGAAUACCGCUGGAUUUCCUGGAAGGCGACAAGUUCCGCGCCGCUGCCGACGGCUAUCUGAGACGAAUGCUUGGUAAGGGCGUGCCGUCGACAUUCAACAAUGUCAAGGCGUUGUACCAGGAUCCUGCAAAGAAGGCUACUAUACAAGACCUCGUGCUUGGCUACGAGUCGGAAGAGAACAAGGAGGCCAACGGCGAAUCGACUGACCGUUUCACCCCCGCUGUUUUCUACUUCCUUGCCCAGCAUUACAACUACCACCUUAGUCGCGACCUGGCCAAGGCCUUAGACUACAUCGACCGUGCAAUCGAGCUGGAUCCCAAGUUUGUCGACUACACCAUGACCAAGGCUCGCGUAUGGAAGCACUACGGCAACACUCAGAAGGCUGCCGAGAUUAUGAACGAAGCCAGAGAACUGGACGAGAAGGACCGAUACAUCAACACCAAGUGCGCAAAGUAUCAGUUGCGCAACAACGAGAACGAGAAGGCGAUUGGUACCAUGAGUUUGUUUACCCGCAACGAGGCCGUGGGGGGCCCAUUGGGUGACUUGCACGACAUGCAAUGCAUGUGGUAUCUCAUCGAGGAUGGCGAGGCCUACUUCAGGCAGGGCGAGCUCGGUCUGGCGCUCAAGCGUUUCCAAGCUAUUCACGAUAUUUUCGGCGUUUGGGAAGAAGAUCAGUUCGAUUUCCAUACUUUCUCUCUGCGCAAAGGUCAAAUUCGGGCAUACGUGGAUAUGGUCAGGUGGGAGGAUGGUCUUCGCGCGCACCCCUUCUACACCCGAGCUGCCGUCUCUGCCACUAAGAUCUACACUCUCCUACACGACAAGCCGGAGCUCAAAAAGCCUCAAGCGCUUGGGAAUGGCACGACUGCAAAGAAGAGCAAGAAACCGAAAAAGGAAGAAGAAAAGAAACCGGCCGCCAAGCCCGCGGUCGAUGCUGACGGCGUGCCUAAGAAGGAGGACACCGAUCCUCAGGGUGUGAAGCUCCGGGAGACGGCCACCCCGUUGGAAGAUGCUAUGAAAUACGUCAGCCCCUUGCUUCAGAGUAGUCCCAAAUCUCUUGAGGCCCAGAACGUCGGCUUUGAGGUCUUCUUCCGCAGAAAGAAAUGGCUCCUCGCGCUCAAGUGUCUCCGCUCCGCACAUGAAAUCGACCCCGAGAAUCCGACGCUGCACCACCAGACUGUGCGCUUCAAGCAUACUUUGAACACCCUUCCAGAGGGUGAAAAGCUUGAAGCUCCAGUCAAAGCUGUGAUUGACAGCAGCUUCACCAUUAUUCCCAGUGGCACGUCUCCCGCAGCCUUCAACGCAGCCUAUCUCAAGAAGCAUGCCGACAGCGCAGCGCAUAUGUUGGCAGGCUUCAAAGCACGCUUUGCGCUAGACCCCAAGAAGAGCGGUAUCGCAAAUGAGAUCGAAGCCUUGCGCCUGCUGUCCAAGGACAGUGUCACUUUCACUUUGGAAGACGCUCGCGCCAUGCGUGACUCGCUUCGGGAAUGGGGCAGUGAGGAGGACGUUCUGACGAGAUUUGAGGAGCAGGCCAGCAAAAAGUGGCCCGAAGCGGUCUUCUAA